AAUCGACUUUAAUGUCUACCUACAACUAAAUUACUCGCUUUUAAGAACAAGAAUCAUUAAUGGAUAUAAAAUCAGAAGUAAAAGUAAUAAGUAAAUUAGUUCAUUAAAAGAAUCAACAAAAACAAUAUGAAGAUGGAAUUAUCCGAAAGAAAGCAUGAUGAUGGCUCCUUAGAAAAAUCAUUAAAAUUUACUCCUAUGACUACAGGAGACUUCAUAGGAAUAUGGGCUAUCGCAAUCUUAAAAAGUUUAUUUUUAAUAUGCUUUCUUUGGAUGGCUUAUGAAAUAUAUAAGGAUAUUCAAGCUCAUAUUGAUAUUUAAAAAACUAAAGUUUUAAUAGAAAUGAAAAAUUGUGCUACAGAAUUUGAGUAAAAUCAAUGUUCAGAAAAUUACUUAAUAGAAUCAAUGUCUGAAAAAUGCAAAGAAUUAGAAAUCUGCAAAAAUUAAAAUAUAGAAAUGAAAAUUAGAACACAAUAACUUUGGUUAUAAGUCAUAGGAAAUUCAUUUGAAAAUAUGUUCAAAGCACUUUCUCUAAAAACUUGUAUCAUGAUCUCUUUUAUAAGCAUAGGAACUAGUAUUAUCUUUAUAAAAAAUUGA